GCCAGAGUUUGUUUCUAUGUGGUAUCACUACAGACAACGACCGCUCUUUCCAACAAGUGCGCAGGGUGACCUCCGUACUUAGCCAUCGUUGUACAUACUGGACGCGCUCCGACUGCGGCAGGGAUUAGGCCUCUGUCGCCGACCGUCACCAAAAUGGCAGCAUCAGUGCCUCGCCUCUUCCACCCCUAUCUACUCGUCGCAGUAUUCUACAACAACCAUGCCUUCCAGCCGCGGGAGCAGACGUCAUCCGUCGCAAGCAGACAAUCCAACCCAGCCGACCUUCCAUGACCAUCGUGACUACAUUCCAGAUCGAGCCACCCAAUUCCGACAAGUGGACUCAUGGAGGUCUUACAGAAAUGAUACCGUCAACCUCCAGACUUCCACAACCCUGCACCAAUCGCAGCGGGCACCAACUGCCAGACCGAACGAACCUCGAUACCAGGACUUCCAGGUCAUGUACGGAAAUGCGCCUUUUCUUCAGUCCUGGCACGCUAGGGGACCGCAACAUACUCUACACGAACGGUUGAGAGUGUCUGAUAGCACGCGUGGCAAACAAGUUCCCCAGCAGGGGCAGAUGGACGCGCUUUUGACAUCUACGCAAUCGCCGCCUCGAUAUCCACUUCGUUCAAGACGUAAUGAGCAGAUCGCAGCCUACAGUACUGCAAACCCAGCCGACAUUCCCCUCCCUUCAAUUGAGGUUCCGCCAGAAUCUGCCACUGCGCAAACGCUCUUAAAUCGACCGAUCCGACAUAUUCCCAGUCGCCGCAGUCGCACAGCGACUCCGCGCGACGUCGAGCCUCCAGUUGCCCCGAAGCCUACCUCUGCAUACAAGAAAAUGGCUGCGCUAGCGCCAGCUCUGAGAGAUACCUCGCAGAAACUCCUAGUCGUACUGGAUCUGAAUGGGACUCUGCUCGUUCGACCGAACCGCCGUGCUGAUCCUACAAAGUUCAAGAUAAGACCCGGCGUCACACAAUUGCUUGACUAUCUGUUCAGUAACCAUGUAGUCAUGGUGUAUUCCUCUGCGAGGCCGGAAAACACAAUGGCAAUGGUCAAGAAUCUUAUUCAUCCCAAGCAGCGCAAUGAGAUGGCUGCAGUUUGGGCGAGAGACAAGCUAGGCUUGACCGGUCGCCAGUACAACAACAAGGUCCAAGUAUACAAGAAAUUGGAAAAAAUUUGGGCUGACACCGACAUUCAAAGCAAAGCCGCGCCUGGGUGCAAAUGGAACCAAAGCAACACGGUGCUUGUCGACGAUAGCCAGCUGAAGGGGCUUGCUCAACCGCACAACCUUUUACAAGUUCCGGAGUUCGAAGACAACGCGCCAAAGGAGGGUGGAGCAGUAUUGCGCGAGUGGCAAUUGAAGGAGCAGGCGAUCGUCAAGUCUCUCGAGUUGAAGCUUGAAGAACUCAAGUGGCAGGUCGAUGUGUCGCGGUUGAUUCGAGAAUGGCAGACCGGCAAAAAGCACGCACCCGGAGUCGUCGACGAGACCAUUGAUCAGAAGACGCAUCGCAGACUCGAGCAGCCGGAGCUAACGCCUGCACCCAGUGUCGGUGAAUCUCCUGCAGCGAAUGUCGAGCAAGGUGAUUUCCCAUCGCAGGUUUUAACGCCCAGCAGUCUGGCACGAUCCGACACCUUCGCCACGGAAGAUGAAGAAGGGACUGACAAGGUUGUGGAUUUCCACAGUACAAAUGUGCUGGAUGAAUUGGAGAAGGAAAUUGAUCGAAACCUGAGAUUGGGAUACGGGACUAGUGGAGAUGAGAAGAUUCGGAGAAGUGAGUCCCCCAUCAAUGAGAGUGUCUGGAAGGAUAUUCUUAGAACGAAUGGCGAGAAGGACAAGGAAAAGGAGAAAGGCAGCUUGGCCAAUGUGCCGCCGACGCCGGACAGUUUGUCGUCCUGAAUGCUUCCUGCGGAGGACAAGGUACGUUUCGUCCUUGUCCACGACAACGGCGCCCGUGCCCAGUCAAGGGCUCGGUGAUACAUGUAUGGGCCAUGGCGAAGACACGGAGCUUGUGCUUAUGUCAUGAACCUGAUACUCCUCGACGCGACUAUGCUAUCCUGCGCUCAAGAAACCAGCGCGGAGAAGGGCUGGAUGACAUGACCCAAGCAUAAGUCCAGCGUUUAGGAGCCAGAAAUGAGCAAGUGUCAAGACACAGUAUUAGUGUGCACCCGCAGACAGAACACACAAAGCUUCCUGUAAUAUCUAGUUGUGCAAUCCACAAAAGCGCCAUGGCUCU